GCAAAAAGUAAAACAUGAAUCUAGAUUCUAUUCAUAGACUGAUUGAAGAAACACAAGUUUUCCAGAUCCCUCCAUCCUCCGCCAGAUCCCCCUGUGACAGCACCCUGCCGGUCCCGGCCCCCGACUCCUGGGGUCAUUUCUACCUUCCUCACCCCGGGCUCUGCCCACACUCCUCUCACCGCUUUCCGGCUCACGGCCGCCCCGGCAAUGACUGGGAUAUCGGCGAGGAGCUGCGUCUCCGGGAGCUCGAAGAAGUGAAGGCCCGGGCGGCCCAGAUGGAGAAGACAAUGCGCUGGUGGUCGGAUUGCACCGCCAACUGGAGGGAGAAGUGGAGCAAGGUGCGGGCCGAGCGCAAUAAAGCGCGGGAGGAGGGGAAGCAGCUCAGGAUGAAGUUAGAGAUGACCCUGAAAGAACUGAGUGCCCUGAAGCAGAGAAAGCAAGACCUGGGAAAUGAGCAAGAGGACCCGGGAGUAGGAGAGACCUGGAAAAAAAAACCCAUUGUCUUGGAAGGUCCUUACUCCCACGGAGGCACUUUACAGACAGGUUGCCAGGAAGACGAUCCGACGAGACACGAUGUUGGAGGAAAUUGGGCUCAAGUGGCUCCAGAGAUAAGAAAGAAGGAAGCGAAUGUGACUGGUACCUUGCACAGAUUCCACCUGCGGGAUGUGAGAAUCCAGUUGGAGCGUGCUGAAUUCCUUCGGAAAGGUGUUUCUGCCAUUUGUGCGACGAAGCCCGGAAAAGAUCUGGGUGAUGGUGGACAGCUUUUGGAAAAUGAAUUAGCCCAAAUUUCAUCUUUGAAGUUGCAUUUGGAUGAGUCCCAGAAAACCUUAUGGAAGGAAAGAGAAGUGCGUUCGUCUUUGGAAAAAGAAGUUGAGCUACUGGAAUCUGAUUUGUCUCUAUGGAAAUGGAAAUAUCAAGAACUGAAAGAAGCAUAUGAGAAGAGUCCAAAGCAGUUCAACAUACUUCAUGGCCUUCAUCAGAAUGAAGUGGGGAGGAUUCCUGAAGCUAGAGAGGAUAUGGCUGAUUCUCAAACCAGCAAGGACAGAACCAUCUGUAAACUGAGAGAAGAGGUGGAGAGACUGCAGACAGAAAACACUACCGGCUGGGGCCAGAGGGAAAUGCUCCAAGUGGAAAAACAAGGUCUGGAGAGGGAGAAUAGAAGACUGAAGGCCCAGGUGAGAGAAAUGGAAGAGCGUCUAGAAGGAAGAAACACAUCCUCAUCCAGUGGCCAAAGCCCUGACAUCACGACUCUGGAGAGUGAGCUGCUGGAACCAAGCCAGGAACUGGUAGAACUUCAAUAUGCCUACUGCAAGCUAAACAAGAAAUAUCAGGAUGAAAUGGCAGAAUUGAUUCAUGCAAACAACAGAGUGGACCAGCGAGAGGCAGAUGUGAAGAAACUGAGAGUUCGUGUGGAGGAGCUGAAGAAGGGACUUAGCCAGGCAGAAGAUGAGCUGGAUGACUCACUAAAUCAAGUUCGCAAACUGCAGAGAUCCCUCGAUGAACAGAUAGAGCUGAAUGAUAACCUACAGAUUCAGGUCACGCAUCUGCAGAGCAGACUGGGGCAACAGAAAGUGACUUCAGUGUUCAAAAUCAAAUCAAGUGAGAAAUUUGCCUCUGAGGACUCGACGGAAGCUGAAUGUGAAGAGGAGGAGGAGGGAGAGUUGUACGAUUAAGCUCUGUAGGCUAUUUUGCCUGCCUGAUGAAGAAUACAGAAAAUAAGCCUGAAGAAAGGGAGCACUUAGUCAUUCUUCAUCUCCUAAUGCAGGAUUAGCACGCACCAAUGUUGCAAGAAACACCAAGAUGCUUGCACAAAUCAGAGACUGAGCCUCUGGGUCUGAAUGUGAUUUUGUGUGAAUUCUUUUGUUUCCUAUUCUGUAAACCAUCCCCACUCUGCACCCUCCUUAUUCAUCACCAAAAGAAGAGUUGUGAAAAUGUGAAAGAAAUGGUGGUUACCAGAGCUUAGAAAAUGCAGUGGUUCAGAAAUUUUUGUUUGCUUUUCACCACCCCACACACCUAAAUCUGAAAGUGAAGCUAAUGUUCUCUGUUGGAAAAAACACAAUUCAAACUAGUGUAGUUCUCAUGUAGGAAGCUGCAGGAUUAGCUGAGUUGGCUAUCUCCCAGAUAUUUGAAAAAAAAAAGUUGUAUUUGUUAAGCACUUGCUAUAAGCACUUACUAUGUACGUGGCUUAGUGGAAAG